CUCUCUCUCUCUCUCUCUCUCUCUCUCUCUCUCUCCUCUGCUUCUUCUUCCUCCUCUUCCAUGGCUGAUGAACUGAAGAACUUCUACUACCAUGACCAUUUUCAUGAAGAUCAACAAAGCAACAUUACAACAAGUUUUCCAUUCUCUACAGCUGAUUCUUCAGCCGGCCAGGAUCCACAAGGGUUCGACCCUUUCUACAAAAGCUUCAAUGAGUACUUACAUGGAUCCACAGACUAUAACACACUUACCACAGCCUUUGGCUUGUCACCCUCAUCAUCUGAAGCUUUUUCUGUAGUCAAAGAAGAGAAAAAGACGCCGGAGGGCACCGGAGAUUUAGUGGGUGGCAGUGAAACUCCGGUCACACCUAACUCGUCUAUCUCUUCCUCGUCUACUGAAGCCGGUGCAGAUGAAGAUUCCAACAAGAGUAAUAAAGAGAAGCAAAUGAAAGGAACCUCAGAUGAUGGAGGAGAGAGCUCUAAGAAAGUGAACAAACAGAAGAAGAAAGCUGAGAAAAAGGAAAGAGAGCCGAGGUUUGCUUUCAUGACCAAGAGCGAGGUAGAUCAUCUAGAAGAUGGGUAUAGAUGGAGAAAAUAUGGACAGAAGGCUGUUAAGAAUAGCCCUUAUCCAAGAAGCUAUUACAGGUGCACUACUCAAAAGUGCACGGUGAAGAAACGUGUAGAGAGGUCGUAUCAAGAUCCAACAAUUGUUAUCACAACGUAUGAAGGGCAACACAACCAUCAUGUGCCUGCGACGCUGAGAGGAAAUGUUGCCGGAAUGCUGCCUCCGGCUAUGCUAGCACCAGGGUCGAUGGCUGGACAGGGUUUUCCUCAAGAACUGAUGCUUCAGAUGCCUCACAUUUACAACUAUGGUGGCACAAGCUCUGUGUAUCAGCAAUCCAUGACCCCACUUCAGCAGCUCCAACUCUCAGCUGACUAUGGGCUUUUGCAGGACAUGGUUCCCUCCAUGUUUUUCAAACAAGAGCCAUGAAAAUGAAAUUCUCUCUCUCUCUCUCUC